UGGUUCAGCUCCCGAGGAAACGAAAUCGGCACGGGCCCUGAGGGAUACCCAGACUCACUACUUGGGCAUUUACGGAAGUGGUUGAGGCCGGUCGCCCACCAUCCUUUGCAAUGGCUGCACAAUCAAAUCAUGUCUCAGUCACGGGCACUGGCAGCUUCAAUCUUGACCAGGACAUGUAUGAUGGCGAAGAAGAUUAUGCGACCGACUUUGCUGUCGAUGCCGAGCAAUUCGCGAAAGCUCUGGAUACCAUCUCAAAUUUCGACGACACGAGGGCAGCAAAGCGCACUGAGAUCCUUAAGCUCGUCAACACCUAUUAUGAGAUAUCACUCAAGAAGCUCGACGGCGCACGGUAUUCACAGAGACGCAGAUCAGGAGCGCGUCAGCGGAGUUCAGAAGACAGAUUCAGCCAAGACUCUAUGGACGUUGACCAAGCUGAUGGCGGCGCCCAAGACCUUUCGGACGAGGAACUAGCGACCUUGGAGCGCGAAGUUCAGACUUGGGACUUGCUGCGGCGACUGUUGCCAUUGCGUUACCCGGAGAGAAAGAUCGCACAGCCCAAGCGUGAGGAGCCGUCCAAAUACUCGACCAACGCAGAGUUGUGGGAAGAGUUUUUGCAAUCCGACGUCACGGCACAAGAACGGAAGGAGAUCCUAGAAGUGCUUCAGAUAACAGCCGACGACACGAGGGACGAUAUCGAUGAUAUGGUGCGGGACCUGCAGCAAAACGCUGAGCGCGGUGACAUCAUCGCGUACGGCUGGCUUCACACUCGGUCCGCCAUCAAAAUGCAGAAAAGCGUCAACGGAUGGACGGGAUCUUUGGAUCCAAACUCGCAGAAUGUCACGGAUUCGACGGGGGCGAACUCUCUGGUGACACAACUUGAUCCAGACGUCAUUACACGACAAGGUCGAAAGCUCCAACCACAGGACGAGUAUUUUGAGCGCGCUAUCUGGCUCGGAUGCUAUGAAUUGCUUCGAAGAGGCAGAAGCGUAGCAGAGAUUAGAGAUUGGUGUGUUGAGAGGACUGAAGUCUGGCGGGCUAUGAGCAUGUCAGCAAUGCCUUUGUCUAAGCAUUCCGAGGACAAAGACGCCAACCCAAACACUCUAGCCCUCCUGCUCUGGCGGAGAACAUGUUAUGCUUUGGCACGACAAGGCGGAACGGACGAUUAUGAGCGCGCGGUUUAUGGUAUUCUGUCCGGUGACGUCAAGACAGUUUCUCCAGUUUGCAAGUCUUGGGAUGACCACGUCUUCACACAAGUCAAUGCCCUCUUGCGUUCGCAGUUUGAUGCAUUCGUCCAGAAACGUCUACCGCAUGACGCAACACAAGCAGUCGGCCAAUUGCAAGUCUUUGACGCCGUCCACGCUCAUGGAGAUGCGGGCACUGUAAGUGAGGCUUGGCUGGGUACUCUGGAGACAAGUCCCACGACUACGGAUGAAGCCCGUGUCCCUAUCAAAUCGCUACAGUCAGCUAUCAUCUCAAAUACAGUCGAUCAAUACAUAGAGAACGAAGGCCUCGUGCUCGGCAAACAAGCUAACCAACACGAACCUUCCCGGCUUAUUCCAGCCUCAAACAAGUCCCGAAGCAAUAUCGACUCUGAUAAAUACUUCUCACUAGCUGAUCAGAAUGGUCUGAGGAUCCUGGUUCAUGUAUAUCUGCUGCUAGCAAGCCUCGAUGACCUGCAAGAUGGCGAGAUCGACGCAGAAUCAAGAAGGACCCAAGAAAAUGCAUUAGCUGCCUAUAUCAGCGCUUUACGCUUGAACAGCAUGGUCGAGCUUCUACCGCUUUACUGCUCGAAAUUGCAGGGAGAAAGGGCUUUCUACACGCUCAGCCGCAACGUCAGCAAGGUUGUCGACGGUGAAGACCGUAAGAUGCUGCUGAGGAUUAUGGAGAAGCUGGGUAUGGACAUUGCUGAGUUUGUGGUAUUCCAGCCGCAUUCUCUACUUAAAGAGAAUCCCGAAGACUCUCGGGCCCCCAUUCGAGCAGAUCUCAAGUUGUUCACGGACGAACCGCCAACGGUGAGAUUCGGCAGGCGCUUGGUCCCAGACUUCUUGGGCGAGGUUCCCGACGAGCUCGAAUCCACCGAUGAACAACUUAUACAAUCAUUAGAAUGGAUGUUGCUUGUCGAUGGGCUUUGGGACGAGACAUUCGCCGUCGGUGUGGCCAUCUAUAAGCGCUUCCUGAAAUCCUACAACCUACAAGCUGCACUCGCUUUGUCACGUCGUGUGACAUGUGCCGACAUCUUCAGGAUUAAAGCUGGAAUCCCAGUCCAAGACGAUACCAAUCCGAUGUGGUUUAGCGAAGCCAUCGAAGCCAACGAGUUUGUAGAUGAGGAAGGCCAACAACGACAGCUGACUGUUGCUCGAAACUUCUUAGACCUUGAAUCACUCAUGCGCGCACUAGACUCUAUGGAAACCGUUGGCGCUACCGCCGACCUUCAGCUUGACCCUACAUUCGAGCGUACUGCAGAAUUCCUACCCACUCUGGGUGGACACGUCAAUUAUGUCAAGGCUUACAUGACUCCCGUCCUGCACGGGUGGCUCCUUGAGCGCAUCGAAGAUGAUGCAGACUUUGAUCUCCUCCGCGAGAUGUACCUGCCUGAAGUUAUUCUUGGCUAUGUCAGCGUGCUACACUACGGCGGCACAACGCUUUCACGUGAUAACCUGCUUGAGGCCAUGGAGCUAGCGGCUUUAAUUGCAGAGAAGGACUCCGAUGUCGCAGGUGUCAUGAUGAAGAGUGAUCGCAUGACCGAGCUGGUUCAAGCCUUUGCUAACUGCUCCAAAGCCCUAGCUAUCAACAGUGAAGACAAGCGCAGAACCGGCAGUGCAAGCAACAAGAAGUUUAGGGAGAUGGGAUGGAGUAAGGAGUUGUGGAGCAUCAAAAAUCCGUAGGGAUACUGCGGCCAUUCAAAGACUUGAUUCCAGACUCUCUAAAUGAGCAUGAGAGUAAAAUAAUAGGCGUGAUACAUCUAGCGCUCCGGCAAGGAACAGGUUACGGCGUUCUGAAUGACAUGGUCUGAACUUUGGCCUCGA